AAAAGAAAGCAGCUACGAGCGCCUUAGUUUGAAAUGGCGACGCGUGGCGUGAAAUAAUUUGGCCUCCACUUUCAGGAGGAAGCGGCUUCCUUUCGCUAACAGAGAAAGAGGCGCGUAGGGAAACGGGCGAGGGAGGACGAGCUCAAGGGAAGGAGUCGCAGAGCGGCUUGGGAGUUGGGCGGGAAGAGGGAUUUCUCGUCUAGAUUUCCAGGAAGGCGCGUUCAGCUUGGAGGGAUCGUUGGGAAAAAGCGGAGGGGACGGGCGGCGAUGGCGGCUUCGCUGUUCCCAUCCCUCCUACCUUGUUGAGUCAGCGCCUCUCUCUAGUCAUGCUCGGACAUGCCUGGCCGUUUUGUUUGGAGGAGUGAAGUCCAGACAUGCCCGUAAACGAGGUCGCGGGGCCACUAUUUAUGCUCGGCCCUUGGGAGGCAGUUGAGACUUGUGUAGCUACAGGGCCUCUUACGCAGGCAGAUGUGCAAUACUAAAAUGGCUUCUGCGACCGACCAGUCUGCGGCUGGCUCAGCUGUUAUUGGCCGCUCGGAUCAAGAAGCCCUGAUUAAACCCAAACCACUGCUUAUGAAACUUCUACAGUUUGCUGGUGCAGAAAAGGAUACUUUUACCAUGAAGGAGAUUUUGUUCUACCUUGGUCAAUAUAUUAUGUCUAAACGUCUAUAUGAUGAAAAGCAACAGCAUAUUGUCCACUGUGCAAAUGACCUUCUGGGCGAUCUGUUUGGAGUACAGAGUUUUUCUAUAAAGGAACACAGGCAAUUAUAUUUGAUGAUUUCCAAAAACCUGGUAACAGCCAUCCAGCAAGAUUCUAAUAACAUAGCUGUGAAUCAGUCCAGAUGCCAACUAGAAAAUGAAAACAUUCUAAAGGAAACAACACAAGAAGCCACUGAAGCAACUACUUCCCGAAGAACAAGAUCCAGUGAAACAGAAGAAAGUGCAACAGAAGAAGAUAUGAAUUAUGAAAGACAAAGAAAAAGGCAGAAAUCUGACAGUAUUUCUCUUACAUUUGACGAAAGUCUUAAAUGGUGUGUAGUACAUUGUGAGCGAAGCAACAGCAGCAGCUCAAUCAAUUCCUCGCCAAGUCCAGAUCAUGCCAGUUUAAGUGAAAACUCGGACUGGUUAGACGAAGAUUCUGUUUCAGAUCAAUUCAGUGUAGAGUUUGAAGUUGAAUCUAUCUACUCAGAAGACUACAGUCCUAAUGAAGAAGGGUUUGAACUAACAGAUGAGGAUGAUGAAGUAUAUCAAGUAACUAUAUAUCACACCGAAGAUAGUGAUAUAGAUUCAUUUGAUGAAGACCCUGAAAUUUCACUAGCAGAUUAUUGGAAAUGCACAAAGUGCAAUGAAAUGAACCCACCUCUUCCAUCCCAUUGCCCAAGAUGCUGGACUCUUCGAAAGGAUUGGCUUCCUGAUAAAAAAACUGAAAUAGCCAAGAAGGGCGAAUUUCUAAACCCUUCACCAUUAGAUCCUGAGGACGGCUUUGAUGUUCCUGACUGUAAGAAAGGAAAAAUGAAUGAGGAUAAAGAAGAAAGUGCAGAACAAAGCCCUGAAUCUCAGGAAAGUGAGGCAUAUUCACAACCAUCCACAUCUAGCAGUAUGCUUUGUAGUAGCCAAGAAGACUGUAAAGAAUCUGAGAAAGAAGACAUUGAGGACAAAGAAGAAAGACUGGAACCCGGGCAGCCUAUCUCCAGUGUAGAGCCUUGUGUCAUAUGUCAAACACGACCUAAAAAUGGUUGCAUAGUACAUGGAAGGACAGGACACUUAAUGUCAUGUUUUGUAUGUGCAAAAAAGCUGAAAAAAAGGAACAAGCCUUGCCCAGUUUGCAGGCAGCCUAUUGAGAUGAUAUUGCUAACUUAUUUUUGCUAGCUGCAGUGCAAACAACUGUUCCUACAUGUAGAAUAACACAGAAUGCAGUUUUGAAUGCUUACACAAAUAUAUUUAUUUUCCAAAACAUAGAAACUUUAAACAUUGCACUGCAACUGACAGUAUGAUCAGAACAUUCUCCAGUUUAGUUUUGAAAUUUGCCAAAAUAGCAAGCACAUGUAUACAUGAUGAAGAUUGAUAAUUCAGAGCUUAUUCUUUAUAUUUAAUAUAAAGAAAUCUUAAUAUUCUUGUAAGGACCACAGAAAUAAAGUAUAUAUUCUGUUCUAAAUCUGAAAACUACUGAUUUACCUAAGCUGAUCCAAAUACUGUAGGCCAAGUUAUAUGUGAUGUAGAACUUCAAAUUACCCUUUUCCAAAUACACGGAUACAAUGGAAGAUGCUUAAUAAUGAUUGAAGCAAUCCUAGAUGCUUUCCAGGUUCCAUCUUGUCUAAUAUUUUUAUUGUGUCUAAGUGGUUAUUGGCUAGCAAACUAAGAUUGUCUCAAAAAGAGCCUAAAGCUCGUGAAAAAAACUAGUUCUGACAGAUCCCUUAAUGCUGAUUAAAACAAGAGGCAGACAGUUGUUUUGGGCCUGGACAAGCUUACAGUCUGUUCCCAAUGUGAAAGCUCUACCUUUGCCUCAGUGAACCAAUGAAGUUUUGAUGAUCUACUCAAGUUACAUUCUUUAGGCCAUGGUUACCAUACCUGUACUAUGGUGAAAUUAAAAAGGAUCAUUUACAUUUGUGCUGUGAUCAAAUAUUAUGGCAAGAAUUCUGUUAAAAAAGUUUUUAGAAGAACUAAUUCUGAAAGUCACUGAAAUAAGACGUAGCAUUCCAAGUACUUACUGUAACACAUUCACAGCAAGCAAAUAAUGUACAAUGAAUGUGAGUUGCGACCUAUAAUUUACCAAUAAAUUUUCCCAAUAAGC